AUGGCCAAGGCUGAUAAGAAACCAGCAGAGAAGAAGCCGGCGGAGAAAACUCCGGCAGCAGAGCUCGCGGCGGCCGCCGAGAAGAAGCCAAAAGCCGGGAAGAAGCUCCCGAAGGAAUCCGCCGUCGCCGGAGACAAGAAGAAGAAGCGGUCGAAGAAGAACGUCGAGACCUACAAGAUCUACAUUUUCAAGGUGCUGAAGCAGGUGCACCCAGACAUCGGGAUCUCGAGCAAGGCCAUGGGAAUCAUGAACAGCUUCAUCAACGACAUCUUCGAGAAGCUUGCCGGCGAGUCCUCUAAGCUUGCGAGGUACAACAAGAAGCCGACGAUUACUUCCCGGGAGAUCCAGACGGCGGUGAGACUCGUGUUGCCCGGAGAGCUGGCGAAGCAUGCCGUUUCUGAAGGCACCAAGGCGGUGACGAAGUUCACGAGUUCUUAG